GCCGCCCGCGGCGAUGGCUGCCGCGGAGGCGCUGCCCGCCCUCACCAUGGACGAGGUGGCCAAGCACAACACCAAGGAGGACUGUUGGGUGGUACUGUACGGCAAGGCUUACGACCUGGGCAAGUUCGCCAGGGUGCACCCCGGGGGCGCGAAGCUCAUCUACGACUGCGCUGGCAAGGACGGCACGGCCCUGUUCGACCCCAUCCACCCGAAGGACAUCAUGGACAAGUUGCUGAAGCCGGCCCUCACGAUGGGCAUCGUUGAUCCGGCCACCAUCAAGGAGGAGCACGUGGCAAAGAUGGAGAAGAAGGAGCCGAAGGUGGCUCCGAAGAAGGCGGUGAAGGCCGCAGACUCCGAACCAGAGAUCGUGGAGUUCCGGAAGCCCCCCCUCGCGGGCAUGCUCAACACGUUCGACUUCGAGUCGGUCGCCAGGGAGGUCAUGGAGCCACAGGCCUGGGGCUACUACUCCAGCGGCGGCGAUGACGAGAUCACCCUCCGCGACAACCACAUGGCCUUCCAGCGCAUUACCAUGCGACCUCGCAUUCUGGUGAACGUCGCGGAGAUCGACAUGACCACGAGCUUCCUCGGGGUAAACUCCUCGUUGCCGCUGUACUUCACCGCCACGGCGCUUGCGAAGCUGGCCCACCAGGAUGGCGAGGUGGCCAUCGUGAAGGCCGCCAAGAAGGCCGGGGUUCCGUACAUGCUGCCGACCCUUAGCUCGUACACCCUUGACGAGAUGCUGGCGGCGCGCGAGCCCGGCCAGGAGCUGUUCUCGCAGCUGUACGUGAACCCUGAGCGGUCCCGCACCCAGGAGUACGUCGAGAAACUGGAAAAGAAUGGCGUCCGGGCCCUCUUCAUCACCGUGGACGCUCCCCAACUCGGGCGGCGCGAGAAGGACAUGCGCAACAAGUUCACCCAGCAGGGCUCCGACGUGCAGGGCGACGACGAGGACGAGGGCGAGGUGGACCGCUCGCAGGGCGCCACGCGCGCGAUCAGUAGCUACAUCGACCCGGGCCUCAACUGGGCGGACGUGCCCUGGUUCAAGACCAUCACCAAGAUGAAGAUCCUCCUGAAGGGCGUGCAGUGCGGGGAGGACGCCGUGCAGGCAUACAAGGCGGGCGUCAACGGGCUGGUGCUCUCCAACCACGGCGGCAGGCAGCUGGACACCUGCCGGUCUGGCAUCGAGGUGUUGCCAGAGGUGAUGCAGGCACUGAAGGACAUAGACUACAAGCCGGAGGACUUCACCGUCUUCAUCGACGGCGGCAUCCGCCGGGGCGCCGACAUUUUCAAGGCGGUGGCCCUGGGCGCCGCGGCCUGCGGCGUCGGCCGCCCGGUGCUUUAUUCGCUCGCCUCCUACGGUGAGAAGGGCAUCGUCCGCAUGGUUCACAUGCUGCAGGACGAGUUGCAGAUGGUGAUGCGCCUCAGCGGCACCCCGAACGUCGCGAGCAUCACAUCCAACCACGUCAUCACCAGGAACCUGGCCGACCAUGUCGUCCCACUGCCGCAGGACAACCUGGUGAUGGGGACGUACAUGCCCCUCAUGCCUGCCGCGAGGCUGUGA